AGGAAAAAAAGCUUCAAAGAAAGAGAGAAGGAGCACACAAGUUUUUUUGAUUGGACAAAGAAAGAGAACACAAAUAAAAAGCCUAUCCACAAUCCACUUCUCAUCCUUCUCCUCUUCUAGUACCAAUACCAACGAACCUUCCCCUUUUCCUCUGUCGGUUCCUCUUCUUUUUAUUUUAUACUACUAAAAGAUUUUGGAAUUUACUAAAAAGUUUUAAUUUUUAAUCUUCAUAAAAGAACGAACACCUGCUCAAUCAAAAUUCACAGUCUUCAAUCUCGCUAAAGGCGAAACCUUUCUCUACUUAUCUGAUUCGUCUCUUCAAACCCAGUUCAAGUUCUAGAGGCUUUUGUAAAACGAGGUGUAUGUAGUAAGUUUGAUUUUAGCAAGCUCCCAUGUCUGCUAAGGUUUCGUCUAGCUUGCAUCAAUCCAUGGACGUUGAUGAAAGGAGCAUUUCAUCUGGCUAUGCCAAGCCUCCUUGGAUUUUCAAAGGAAGUGCGUUGUACCAAAUUCAUCUUGUGAAGGCUGCGACAGCUCGAGCAUUCAUCCCCAAGGAGUUUCGACUAGUUGAAGCUUUUGGAUACACUCUUGGUGGGUUUUUCCUUGCUAGCUACGAUGAUAGCCCCGCUGGUGCCUUUGAUGAGCUUGUCAUAAUUGCAGGGAUUGUAUGGAACCCUCCUACAUCAUGCGCAUGGGCUGCGAGGGUGCUUGUGAACAGCGAUGAGGCUUGUCAUCAUGGACGCAAGGAAGUAGGACUCCCAAGCCAAGUUGCAAGAUUUUCAAAAAAGAUCACUGCAGUUCCAAAGCGAAAAAGGAACAGAGCUUUUGGUUUCUUGGACACAUUUGGGUUGGGAACUACUCUGGCUCAUCCUGAGGAUUUGGUGGAGGUUAAAGUUAGUGAAGUUGCUGCUGCUGCUUCUGCAGAUAUCUGUAACAUCCAAAUUAGAUCAGACGAGACCAAAGUCGGAAACUGGAUGGGACCUGCAAUCAAAAUGGCUCUCCCGAGUUUUAGUGGCAAUACAAAGUACAACUCAAACCUGCUCAAAUACUCAUGCCACCUCCACUGCAGGGUGAGGCCGGUGAGACCUGCAGUUGUAUCAGGAGCUUUGGAAGAUGAGACAGAAAUUUUGUCAGAAUGUAAACAGACAUCACAAGGGAUGCUUGAAAAUGAAAGGCGGUUAAGCAUAGCUGUGAUGCUAUCGAAACCAAUUAUAGCUCUUCAGUUCAAAUGCUUAACAAUGCAAGUAGAAGCUCCUGUUGUAAUCUACCCUUCAAAGUAAACACAACACUCAAAUUCCAAGAACAUACAACUUCCUCCUUCCUACAAGAAUUCUUCAGGAAGAGGAUGACCGCCCAGGAACGCCUUGAACAGCACAAGUGAUCUCUCAGGCUGUGAGAAUGGGACCUCGUGUGAGGCUCCUCGCACCGUUGCAAAUGACAAGACAUUCCCAUAGACUUGAGUCCACCCGCCAACCUGAAACACCAAAUGCAAUGUGUUAUUUUUUUUUCAUCGUUCUUUUUGUACUAUAAGAGAAUAUGUUGCUUCUUUACCUGUUGUCCUGCAAACCAGACUCGAUAAGGCACACUUGUACUCAGUCCCAAUUGUUUGGCCAAUCUGCUUACUAAGGUUCUACUUCCGGUCAAAGGGAUCACAGAAUCUUGAUCUCCA